GGUUCUUGUUUUCAUUCUAGGUUCAUGAAUCACAGGGUUCCAGCCAACAAAAGGUACCAGCCUACAGAAUAUGAACAUGCAGCCAACUGUGCCACACAUGCUUUCUGGAUUAUCCCCAGCAUCCUUGGCAGUUCCAACCUUUACUUCCUGUCUGAUGAUGACUGGGAAACGAUUUCUGCUUGGAUCUAUGGCUUUGGCCUGUGCGGUCUCUUUGUUGUCUCCACUGUCUUCCACACCAUCUCCUGGAAGAAAAGACACCUCAGGAUGGUGGAGCACUGCCUACAUAUGUUUGACAGAAUGGUGAUCUAUUUCUUCAUAGCAGCGUCCUACGCCCCCUGGUGA